CACAUGUAUAGCGAAGGCACCACCAACGAGAGGUCCUAUAUGAGCUCCGCGAUAUCAUACCCACACUCCACAUGGUCAAACCCUCAACAGUGCUGAUAAUGCAAAAGGCAAAAGACUAUAUUGACCUUCUGCGCCGGACAAUCCAAGAAAUGGAGGUGGAGAUCAACGACCUGCGCAGGGCGCUGGUUGCCGCUGGCUACCCACUGCCGAUGCCCAGCCACCAGCAGCAGGUAGUGUGCGGAUUCCCAGGCUCACAGCCCGCCUCGUUCAACAGCUCAUGCCAGUCCCCGCGCCUUCUGCCCGAGCAGCUGCUCAAUGUCUCGCAGCAGCUGGGAAUGGAGCAGUCGCUGUCGUUCCAAGGCCUUGGCGAACUGGGUAUCGGAAGCGCCCACUUUGAUCCGCAGGAAAUCGAGAAUAUCAAUCGCCUGCACUCAGUGCUCAGCAAAGGCUCGAUGGACAUGGUUUCGAGCAGUGGGCGGCCACUAUCGCCGGUCUCGCCGUACCAGCUCGACCAGUCGCACGGGUGCGCAUCAGGAGAGUUCAAGAAGCAGCCCCAUGCGCUUGCCGUUUCUCCUCAAACCCUCACAGCUCCUUCAUCACAGCCUUACACAUUUCCUCCUUUGCCUAUUAGCUUUUUGUUCUUCUUUUUUCGAUGAUACGUGUGCAAGAUUUUUCUAUAACCCUUAGAUUAACAGAAUGAGGGGGUAGUACUAGUGAAUAUGACAAAACUA